AUGUGCGUAGCCAUCAGAUGGGUUAAUGAUGACUACGACAUUCUAGAAGAGCCAGUCGGGCUGAUGGAAGUUCCAAAAACGGAUGCUGAGACGUUGACUAGUAGUUUGAAAGACGUUCUCAUCCGCUGUGUACUCCCACUUGAUCAAUGUAGAGGGCAAGCGUAUGACGGUGCUGCCAACAUGUCUGGGCGUCUCCGUGGAGUCGCUGCUCGGAUACGGAAUGAACAGCCAAAAGCACUUCAUGUGCACUGCCUUGCACACAGCUUGAAUCUCUGCUUGCAAGACACCGCUCGUAUCUGUACAAUAGUUCAUGACACUCUGCAAUUGGUCAUAGAGGUGGUCAAGAUAAUCAAGUAUUCUCCAAAACGGUCUAGUCUCUUUCAUACUGUCAAAUCACAGCUCUCUCCUGAGGCAAAUGACCUAAGGCCGCUUUGUCCAACACAAUGGACAGUUCGGAGUUCCUCGAUAAGUGCUGUAUUGGCUAACUACAGCACUCUUUCCACAGUACUGGAGCUAAUCAACGAAACCGGUAGAGAUGAGUACGCAGUUAAAGCUGGUGGUCUUGCCAAGCAACUACAGACUUUCAACGUCUAUUUCGGUGUAAAGCUGUGCCAAUUAGUAUUCUAUCCAACUGAGCAACUCUCCAGGACUCUGCAAGGACGCGAUACAACAAUUCAAGAAGCCACACAAGCAGUUCUAGUAACCAAGGAUUACUUGACGAACAAGAGAACGGAUACUUGUUUUAGCGAAUUCUAUGACCGGGUUGCAAGAGAUGCUCAAAGCCUAACAGAUGAUCUUGUUUUGCCAAGGCAGCGUAAAAUUCCUCGCAGACUGUAUGACGGAGUUGAGGCGUUUCAGUACAGGACACCAAAGGUCUUUUACAGGCAGAAGUAUUUUGAAGCCUUGGAUGUUGUAAGUGUUGAGAUUGCGAGGCGUUUUGCCCAACAUGACUUUUCUGUAGUAGUAGAUAUGGAACAAAUGGUGUUGUCUGCAUCAAAUAGGGAACCCUUUACUGUGAGUCAACACUUCCGAGAUCUAUAUCAGGGAGAUUUUGACAUGGGAAGGUUGGAUACCCACCUCAAGAUGCUACCAGACAUUAUCAAACGGUAUGGUGAAUUUACCGGAGUACCAUUAAAGAAAGUGACAAAUAUCCGCACAGUUUGCCAAGCCAUGAAGGAAAAACUCGGUGCUACAGGACUCUGCUCCGAAAUACACAGGUUUCUAAAAUUGUUCCUUACAAUACCAGUGACCACCUCAACUGCAGAGAGAACAUUUUCAGCUCUUCGGAGGAUAAAGACUUACCUACGAUUAUCUAUGACACAGGAGAGGUUGAAUCAUCUUCUUCUACUUUCACUGCCACAAGGAAAAAACUGA